AUGGGGAGAUCGUCGCCUCCAUUCCUUUAUGAGAGUCCGUCCUUCAAAGGUCCGACCGACCGCGGCUUCAACCCGAGGGACGCGACCGGGACGAUUUGGACUCGUCCAACAGACAAGCCAAAGCAAAAAGAAUCCCAAGUGAAUCUGAACCGACACCCUGACACGUGGGGUUCUUUCAAUACGGUCAGUUCAUUUACACCGAUGAGCUACAAAACAAAGAAUCGGGUCAAGUAUGCACGGGGGAGUCAGCUCGCACUCAGAGUGCUCAGUCUUCUGGGCGCCCUUGGGUCCCUAUUUUGCUCUAUCGUUAUCAAGGGAGCUGCAGUGACCGUCAUCUGGAUCAUUCGCGUCGGCCCCAUAGUUGCAAUACUCCACACCAUAUAUGGCGCUUACCAUAAUUGCCGGUCUGCUCUUAGGCGUCCCACAGGCUCUCAGGCCAGCUAUGGGCUAUUCGCCGCGAUUGUCGACUUAGGAAUCAUCCCAUUUUACGUGUUUACUGCGUUUAUCGCGUAUGGUGAAUGGACCUCCAAUGCAUAUCACUGGGGAACUCUCUUCAACAACAGCGACCUGACUGUAAAACUGUCCGAGGCCACCUUCAUCUUGGCGAUCGCAAAUGGCGGGUUGCACCUCAUCUCCCUUGCUAUAUCGGGUUUCUUGGCUGUCACAUUCCGGAAGAUCUCCCGCCUACCGCCUGACAUGAACCCACUUGAAGACAAUUUGACCGCACGUCCCCGCAUAAGCCACAAGGAGGCUCGAACCGACGAGAAACAUCUCAGUCAAUCCACCAUGAAUUCCAGCUUCGAGGAUCCGCUCAUUGGAUCUCCUCGCAGUGUGCCGUUCAUGCACACACGUGAACAGUCUUUUGGUGGUGAUUACAACCGUGAAUCGAUGGGUAUGCUCGACGAGCAGCGGCAGUCACAUCCAUCCUUUUACCAGCACCGCCUAUCCCACUUGGAAUCCCCAACAGAACCUUACAUGGAUCCCUCCAGCCCCGACACACUAUUCCAACAACCCGCGAGUCUGCCCUAUGACUUCACAUCACAGGCACCUGCCCCAGAAUAUCGGAAAGUUGCCUCGCAUGCCCCCGAAAUCAUCGAUGCUACUGCCCAAUUGCGUCAUCUGUCAUCACGUACUGCUGAUCGGUCGGAUACUGCCAGCCCAUUGUCCGAUAAUUGGGUGGCAUACUCUGAACGAUCUCUAUCGCCAACGGGUGAGAGGCAGGACGAGAGCGCAGCCACUCUCCGCCAGUCCUCCUCUGUUUACAGCCGAAAAAGCAACAAGACCACGACGUCUGUCAGUAGUGGUAUUCGAGACUGGUUUGCCUAUGGCCCCAAGCCUGAGCCAGGUGCUGCUAGUGCGAUCCCAGAGGAUGUACGCGGGGAAUAUGCGUCGCUCACCACACAUGAAUUCUAUGGCCUUGAUGAUAACCGCCGUGAACAAGAUGUGGGUGAUCAGCGUAUGGACAUAUUCCCAGACCCAGAAUAUCACAGAGACGACUUUGAUGACGAGCAUGACGAGUAUCUUCCAUUUAACCCACUCAUGCUUAACCCACCAACUCCGCAACCUAUCCUGACCGAUAGGCCCGAGAACACCGAUCCCGUGCGGCGUGUUGUCUUGGGUGAUAACCCCAAUAUCUCAUACAAUGCACAGCCAGUGUCUCUUCCACACGAGAGCCCCAAUCUCUCACACAAUACACAGGCACAGACAGAGCCUGUUCCACGCGAUAGCCCCAAGCCCACCUCGCCCAAGACCCGCUUCUAUGGUGAGCUGGAUGUUAAUGGCAAUCCUGGAUUGGCGUCACGCGAUCCAAGUGAACAGGUCGUCCGCAAGCCCACCAAGCUUACGAAGAAACGCAGCAGCAAGAUGUCUGCUUAUGCGGCCCUCAAGAAGAACGACAACGAUGAAGAAAAUGGAUACCUGUCAACUGCCUCGCCACGCGCCAUCGAAAGCGACCGCAAGGGCCGUGUCGUGAGCAACACCGGCGCAGACACUGCCCGCCCUGGCAUUGCAGCCGGAGUUGGUGCAUCCCUAUCUACAUACGGGAGUUACAUCGCCGGUCUAGGCGUCGGACGCCGCCGCGAUGUGAGUGGCAAGGUUGCCGAAGAAGGGCGCAGUGAAAGCCUUCUCGAUGAGCCUCCCAGCCACGAGCAGAACGAAACUCACCCACAGGUUCCGAGCUCUUCAGCAAAUCGGGCUGCGGGAUGGGCUCGGUUUGCCGGGCUUUGA